AAAAUCUUGUUAUGACCGUUAAGGUACUUCGUUUAUAUGAUAUUUGCAUAUUAUCAAAAUCAUAUUAUGUUGUCAUAUUAUAUUGAAUAAGUUCUCUAUUAUAUUUUUUUGAUAGUACUUAUGCCAUAACCUAAUGUAAACAUUCUAGGAUGCUUCUGACAAAAGUUGAAGUAAUUUUAACAUUGAUCGGACUAGCGCUAAACGUGACAAAUACCGCAAGUGGCAGAAAACCUAUAUCAGCAGAAAAACAAGUGCUUAUUGCUUUGUGGUUUAUGAUUACUCCUAAUUUGUAUAGAUCCAUUUGUGUUAAAUUUGGUGUAGGCAAAGCAAUGGCGUUUAGAAGCGUAAGACGCGUUACUUAUGCAUUACAUUGCAUCGCACCUCGAUUCAUCCAAUGGCCUGCCAAGGUUGCCGAUAAUAUAAAUAGUGAAGUUGCAAGAGUUCGUAGCUUCCCUGAUGUAAUCGGCGCCAUGGGACACAUUAAGAUUCGAGUUCCACCAACAGAUUCAGCUUUAUACAUCAACCAAAAAGUUUCCCGUCUAUCAAUCUUCAGGUUGUUUGUAAUUUGCGUGGACUUUUUACGCACUGCUAUGCAGGUGAAGUCGGAUCAGUACAUGACGCUCGGAUUUUUAGAAACUGUCCAGUGAUAGGUUUUCUAAAGAAACCUGAAGUGUACUUCCCAAACAAUUCCCACAUUAUUGGAAAUGGUGCAUAUGCAAUUCAUCCGCAUGUAAUGGUACCGUUUAGAGAUAAUAAACAUUUGACAAAUCGUCAAAAAAAUUGCAAAACAAUGUUAUGACUAUCGGUGUCUAACACGAUGAACAACAUCAGGUACAAAUUCACGGCAAUAACAAUGACUUGGGAAAUGCUAAGAGAAUAACAAUCAUGUAUGCGUUGCAAAUGAAAAUAAAUGAAUAAUUA